ACCUGGAAAAUCCGAAACGAAGUGCGAUGCUUUGCAAGUCGGCCGCCAUGCGCCGGCGACGCCGGACGCCCUUGGGCGCGCUCGCUGGCUGGGCUUUAGGCGCCCGACGCGAUCACUCCUUCAUGGAUACAAAUUCCCCAGCUGAGGCGCAGCUCGGGUGUGUCUGGGCAGAGCCUCCGGGCUGGUGGAGGAGAAUACCAUGCCACCGAUGCCAUGCCUUCGACGACGCAAAGCCAGGAUUUCAAGAAUGUGAGCCGACAAUUCUCAGUGCAAAACGGGACGCGCGGCUCACCGUUGACCUGGGCGAGUCCGUAUGUACCCCCCUUAUGGCUCGAAUGUCAGGAAAAGCUAGAUCUGGAAGCAGACGGGAAGAUCUACACAUCAAGGCGAGUGCUAACGCACCCUGGAUUGGUGAAGGUGCAAGAGCCCACAGGCCAUGCCAUUCAUCCCGGCAGGAGACGCCAGGCGCUGCUCCCAGGACGGCAGGAAGAGAUUGGAGCCCUGCAGCACGUCAGAGAACUCAAGGAAAAAGGACCACCUCAAUGACGAGGCCGAGGCCCCUGCGCCCGAGGACCAGGCUGAGGGACCACCGCACGAGGCGCCCGCCGAUGUACAGGUGCCCGCUUUGCAGGUAUGCCCAUUGGCCGGCCAGUGACAUAGAUCAACAUCGCACUAUUGAAGGGCUCCGACGAUGUUCCGGUGGGGUUGUUAGAUCUGCU